AUGAAGCCGGGAACCCUCAAGUCCCGUCGAGGCAGUGCCGGCGACGACGAGGAGGCUUCUGGCGGCGGGGAGUACAGCAGCUUCCCGCUGACCCCGCGCAGAGUGUACUGGUGGUCGUCGGGGCUGCUCAAGGCCGUGGUGGCGCUGGUGAUCCUGAUGGCCGGCGUGCUGAUCGGGCUUGCGGGCAGCGCCAACGUGUCGCGCUACUACUACUACAGCAGCAUGGGGUCGUCAAGCAUCAGCCGCGGCGGCGGCGGCAACAGUAGGAAGAAGAAGAAGAUGAGGAUGGAAGACGACGACGAAGCAGCAGCAGCAGGCCUUCCUCCUCCGCCGGUGCUGCUGGAGUUCCGUGGGUUCGUGGACCCCGGGCCUCCGUGGGGUCACUCGAUGUCGGACCAGGAGCUGUUCUGGCGCGCGUCCAUGGCGCCGCGCUUGGAGGAGUACCCGUUCCAGCGCGUGCCCAAGGUGGCGUUCCUGUUCCUGACGCGCGGGCCGCUGCCGUUCGCGCCGCUGUGGGAGCGCUUCUUCCGCGGGCACGAGGGGCUCUACUCGGUGUACGUGCACGCGGUGCCGGGGUACGCGGGGCGCUACCGGCGGUCGUCGCCGUUCCACGGGCGGCAGAUCCCGAGCCGGGAGGUGUCGUGGGGAUCCAUCACGCUGGUGGACGCGGAGAAGCGGCUGCUGGCGAACGCGCUGCUGGACUGGUCGAACCAGCGCUUCGUGCUGGUGUCGGAGAGCUGCGUGCCGGUGUUCAACUUCCGGACGGUGUACGAGUACCUGGUGAACUCGGCGGAGAGCUACGUGGAGUCGUACAACAUCGACGUGCCCCAGUGCGCGGGGCGCUACAACCCGCGGAUGGCGCCGGAGAUCCUGGAGGAGCAGUGGCGCAAGGGCUCCGAGUGGUUCGAGCUCAGCCGGGAGCUGGCCGUCGACGUGGUGGCGGACCAGCGCUACUACGCGCUGUUCCGGCGGCACUGCACGCCAUCGUGCUACCCGGACGAGCACUACAUCCCGACGUACCUGCACCUGUGGCACGGCGCGCGCAACGCCAACCGGACGGUCACCUGGGUGGACUGGUCGCGCGGGGGGCCGCACCCGGCGCGCUUCGGCAAGGCCGCCACCACGGCGGCGUUCGUGGCGGCCAUCCGCAACAACGGCACAAGCUGCCUGUACAACGGCAGGCCCACCACGGUGUGCUACCUCUUCGCCAGGAAGUUCGCGCCCAGCGCGCUGGGGACGCUGCUCAACCUCAGCACCACGCUGCUAGAUUUCUGA